GUGGCAAUUAACCUAAGAAUGAGGUUCACUGAAUUAAUCCAGAACCAGGAAUAACAGUGCCAGACAAAGCAGGGCUACAUCUCUGGAAUCCUGGUUGCAUAUGAAAGGGAGACUAGAAAUGGGAAUCAUCAACGUGGCCUCAUCUACCAACCUGCUGACAGACUCCAAGAAUGUGCAGCUGGUACUGGACCCUUCCCUGCAGCUGCUAAGCCGCAAGCAGCGGAAGCUCAUCCGCCAAAAUCCGGGCAUCCUACACAGCAUCAGCAGCGGCCUGCAGAGCGCCAUCAAGGAGUGCAAGUGGCAGUUCCGCAACCGCCGCUGGAAUUGCCCCACCACCUCAGGGCCCAACAUUUUUGGCAAGAUUGUCAACAGGGGUUGCCGGGAGACUGCUUUCAUCUUUGCUAUCACCAGUGCUGGUGUCACCCACUCCGUGGCCCGCUCAUGCUCCGAAGGCUCAAUCGAAUCAUGCACUUGUGACUAUCGCCGGCGGGGCCCAGGGGGUCCUGACUGGCACUGGGGCGGCUGCAGUGACAACGUCGACUUCGGCAGGGUCUUUGGAAGAGAGUUCGUGGACUCCAAUGAGAAAGGACGGGACUUGCGUUUCCUGAUGAAUUUACACAACAAUGAAGCAGGACGCCUGACCGUCUUCACGGAGAUGCGUCAGGAGUGCAAGUGCCACGGGAUGUCGGGCUCGUGCACCGUCAAGACCUGCUGGAUGCGGCUGCCCACCUUCCGCACGGUGGGGGACUUCCUGAAGGACCGCUUCGACGGGGCCUCGCGCGUCAUCUACGGCAACAAAGGCAGCAACCGGGCCUCCCGCGUGGAGCUGCACCACCUGGAGCCGGAGAACCCGGCCCACAAGCCCCCUUCCCCCCACGACCUGGUCUACUUCGAGAAGUCGCCCAACUUCUGCACGUACAGCGGCAAGACCGGCACGGCGGGCACGGCGGGCCGCUCCUGCAACAGCUCCUCCCCGGCCCUGGACGGCUGCGAGCUGCUGUGCUGCGGGCGGGGCUACCGGACCCGGACGCAGCGGGUCACCGAGCGCUGCAACUGCACCUUCCACUGGUGCUGCCACGUCAGCUGCUUGAACUGCACCAACAUGCAGGUGCUGCACGAGUGCUUGUGAGCAGCCAGGGAGGGAAGGGCCUGCUGCGGCCUCCGCUCCCGCCCCUAGCGUGAGCUGAGGGGACCCACCAAGGCAAAAACACUCCUCCUCCUCCUCCUCCCCCCACAGCAGAGGGGAGGCAAACACUCUCCCUGGGCUCUCUCCGAAUACAGCUCCCUCUGUUGGCCCAGAAAGGAGGGUCAACCCUACUUAGGGCAGGUGCUUCUUCUUUCCCCCGUUCAGCCUGUGUGGGGCAACCCCACAUAACUAGGAGGGCUGCAGCAGGACACCCAGGAGAGAGGAGAUGCUUGUGUGGUGAUACUUGCAAGACCCACGGCCCCAAGAGUUCAGCUUGUUCCUCUGCUAGGCAGUCCCCUCAAAUCCUGCCUGUUUCUUGAGAUUGUCAUACAGGGCUUCAUUUUGAGCCAGGUCUUCACGAGGGCAGGGGCCGGUAGAGCCCCCGACCCCUUCAGCACCAGGGCUCAUCUCUCCCACUUGAUUGUCUGCAUUCACAUUCACUGGAGUUUUUUUGUUCCUAUACAUGGAGUGGAAAAAUGUCUCUGGACUUGUGCAGAGUACGUUUUCCUCACCACAGUCAGUGCCCACACAGGCAUAGGAUUAGGGGCUUCCAGGUCACGGGAUACAUAUUCUUUCUUAGAUGACAAACAGCCCAGAGCCUUUCAUUUUAGAGAUUAAGCACUGCCCAUAUGGAUUGACUGCCUGGUGGAUGAGACACUGUAUGUGAUCACUAAGCAUUGGAGGGAACACCUGACUACUCCAUGUUUUUGUAGACCCAGCCCCAUGGGGGUUUUGGCACAAUGUGUUAGUUCCAAAGAGCCUCAAUGGGAUAGCUGUUCUGAGCAAUCUGUGGAGCCUUGGUUUUCUCAUUCACACGUCAAGGGCCAUGUGAGCACCAUUGACCAGGAGGUGGUUCUCCUACACAAGCCCAUCGCUGUGCUCUUGUGCAGCUCCCAUUUAUUUAAAUACAGGGGAAUGCCCUAGUCAAUUGCAUCCCCAUGGUGCUUUGGUACUUAAGGCCCUGCUUGGUCCUGACUGAGUGUCACAUUUGUGUAUAGCAGUGUGGCAAUACUGUGGCUUAAUCUGUCAAAAGCCGCUGGUGUCGCUUUGCCAAGUGCUUGUCAAGUUCAAAGGGAGGAAGGCAGCUCCCCUAAAUUACAUGUUGUUACAUGUGUUUACAACUAUUCCCAAAUUGUGUAUGUGUGUGUGUGUGUGUGUGUGUGGCCUCUGAUCAUUUUGCCAAGAAAAUGUUUUUGUAGGAAAUAUUGACUUUUUUUCUUAACAGUUUCCCCACUCCCCAUUUUGCUUUACUCUCACCCGCUCACUCGGAGAAUCCUGUAAGUAAUAUGCACUGAAGAAGUGGUUGGGAUUGCUGAUAAUUUUGCAUAUGUAUGUAAAUAAAAUAUUUAUUGUUGCCUGUUUUAUAUUCUUAUAGGCCUACCCCAAGGUUCCUGCUCCUAGGUUUAUGUGUUAUGUUGUUUUCAUUCACGCAAGUGUUGUCAUGAAUCUUGUUUCCAGCAUUCUAGAAGAAAAUAAAGUAUAUAUUUUUAUCAA